AUGGCACACCGCCACCUUCAGUAUGCCAUUCGUAUAUGUGUCUGUGGCGUCUUCCUUCUGAUUGCAGUAUUCGGCUUUCAAUAUUCUGUGGUUAGACCUCUGCUUCAGCCUGAUGAACUUCCACGCAGCGUACCUUUCAAAGGCACUGUGACGAAUCCUCGCAGCGCACACGCCUUGUUUGACAGUGAGUCCCUGCAGUACGUCCCACGUAGUGUUGUGCGCACUUGGAAGAAGCGUGGCUUCCUCAUUGUGCUCGGCAUCCCGUCCAUCGAUAUGGAUGUGAGGCGGAGGCGCCGUUACCUGCAGCGUACGUCGUGCUGGCGGUUCCCCGGUGUGGCGACGAGAGCAAACAACUUCACCGGUGCGAUGCUGGUGCUGUACGUGUUUGGGCGGCACCCGUCGCACAACUUCACGUACUCUUUGGCGCUGCGGCAGGAGGCGGCGGAGUGGCACGAUGUGAUUGCGCUGCCGAUGAAUGAGGGGCGCCCAUCGACCAACAAGACGGUUGGUGGUGGCCUCAAGUGGGGCAAUGAGGCUGAGGUUGGGCUGAGCCGCAAGGUGUUCCUGUGGUUCGACAUGGCGCUGCGGCUGUUCCCGACUUCGACAUACUUCGCGAAGGGGGACGACGACACGUUCCUGCGCGUGCCGCAGUACCUCGCCGACCUGCGCUCACUUCCUCGCCGCGGGGUGUAUUGGGGGGUACCUGUCAACGCUACUGCGCGAAAGGGAAAUGUUACUCAUAAGUUUGAUUACUUUUAUGGAAUUAUUUUCACUCUUGCGAGGGACGUGGUGCCGCAGCUUGUGUCGUUUGAGCCUGUGCGACGGCUGGUGCAUGUGCCGUAUACCAAGAGGAAUGAGAGAGAGUUUCUCUUCUACAAUAUGCAAUACGAGGAUGUGAUGGUGGGGCAGAUACUACGGCUGGAGGUGCGAUACUCAGCAUUGGUGGUUGUGGAAGAUUGUUGGUACCGUUUUCAUGCUGGGCGAGACCGAACAGGGAAGCUUCGAGCUACAUUUAUGUCCGUUGUACUUCAUAUUCCACCGGAAGAUAGCUAUGGGAAACUAAUGGAGCUGUUUAACAAUGAUACGUUGCCAAGCACAGUGCUUUGGAAGUGGCAGAAUACUGGGCAUAUUAAAUUCUUUUGUUAA